CUCAACCUGCAUCUUCUUUUUGUAACAUUCUUAGGUAUCAUCUCAAUAUUAACUGUGGCGGAGACAAGGUAAUUGUAAACAAAACCACAUAUGAAGGAGAUACAGAUCAAGAAGUAGCUUCAAAACUUGUUGUACAUGGUGAUGGUGAUUGGGCACUUAGUAGCACUGGCCACUUCAAUGAUAAGAAAAGUGUAGACCACUUUACCUUGAUGACCAAUUCUGAACUCUCUAUGAAAGAUUCAAAAUUGUACAAGAGUGCACGCCUUUCAGCCAUCUCUCUCACUUAUUAUGCAUUCUGUAUGGGAAAUGGGAACUACACAGUAAAUCUCCAUUUUGCGGAAAUAAGGUUCACUGAUGAUAAGACAUAUAGCAGCUUGGGGAGGCGCAUAUUUGAUAUUUACAUUCAGGGCAAACUGGUGCAGAAGGAUUUCAACAUUGUGGAUGAAGCAGGUGGGGUAGGCAAGGCUACUAUAAAAAUCUUUUCUGCUGCUGUGACCAAGGGUACCUUGGAGAUUCGUCUAUAUUGGGCUGGAAAAGGAACAACAGAUAUUCCUGUCAAAGGAGUUUAUGGUCCUCUUAUAUCAGCUAUAUCCAUUAAUCCUAAUUUUGUACCCCCGUCUGAAAAUUGGAGCCUGGUGGUCGGAGUUCUAGUUCUGGUUGGAGCAGCAUUUGCUCUCCUUCUGAUCUUUGGUAUUCUUUGGUGGAAACGCUACUUAGGACAGAAAAACACACUGGAACAAGAUCUAAAAGGUUUGGGCUUGCAGACAGGUUCUUUUAGUUUGAGGCAGAUUAAAGGAGCUACCAACAACUUUGAUCUUGCUAAUAAGAUUGGAGAAGGUGGUUUUGGUCCUGUUUACAAGGGCCACUUAACAGAUGGUAAGGCUAUUGCUGUUAAGCAGCUAUCAGCGAAGUCAAAGCAAGGAAAUCGCGAAUUUGUGAAUGAAAUUGGCAUGAUUUCUGCUCUGCAACAUCCUCAUCUAGUAAAGCUAUAUGGAUGUUGUAUUGAAGGAAAUCAACUCUUGCUAAUAUACGAGUACAUGGAGAACAACAGCCUUGCUCGUGCAUUAUUUGGCCCAAAAGAAUGCCAGUUGAAAUUAGAUUGGCCAACUAGACAGAAGAUCUGCAUUGGUAUAGCAAGAGGUUUAGCUUAUCUCCAUGAAGAAUCAAGGUUGAAGAUCGUGCACCGAGAUAUCAAGGCUACCAAUGUAUUGCUUGAUAAGGAUCUAAAUCCUAAAAUAUCUGACUUUGGACUUGCCAAGCUUGAUGAAGAGGAUAAUACCCAUAUUAGUACUCGCAUUGCUGGAACUAUGGGUUACAUGGCUCCUGAAUAUGCAACACGAGGUUACUUAACUGACAAAGUAGAUGUUUAUAGUUUUGGAAUUGUGGCCUUGGAAAUUGUUAGCGGAAGAAGCAACACAAUUAGCAAAACAAAAGAAAAUAGCUUCUAUCUUAUUGAUUGGGCUCUUCUUUUGAAGGAGAAAGGCAACUUGUUAGAAUUAAUUGAUCCAAGACUGGGAUCUAACUACAACAAAAAUGAAGCAAUUAAAAUGAUAAAUGUGGUACUGCUAUGCACUAACCCUGCUCCAGCUGCUAGGCCUAUUAUGUCUUCUGUAGUGAGCAUGCUUGAAGGGAAGACUAAUGUUGAUGAGUUGAGUCUCGAUCUUGGUACAUCUAUAGCAUCAUUGAGGAAAUUCUGUCAGACUCUUGCAGAAGAAGGUGCUCAAGAAAACCAGACACAAAGUACGUUGUAGAAUCUUUGCCACUUCCCUCUUCUUCUUCAUCUGCAGCUGACCUCUAUCCAAUCAAUUUGAGCUCUAGUUAUUUGCAGAACAGAGAUUAGAAAGAGGAGAAUUCUGCAAAUCGUCUUUUUAUUGGCCCUGAGAACAUUUAUAAGUACUUAAAUUAAUUUGGAUUUUAGAUUGUUCGAGUCUAUAGAACAUAUAUCAUGUUAAAGCUUUGUCGAGGUUUAAAUUGUGAAAUCAUUGUAAUAUAGUUUGAGAAGGAAAUACAACAAUGAUAUACCAUCUGGUAGAGGAAGGACAUUCAAUCUGUUUACCAUCACCAACUUCAGAAUAAGUAAUAAUGUGUAUGACGUGUUCUUUAUGGAUAGAAGUUAGGCUUCAUAAGCAGAACAGACAUAGGAGCGGUAUAGAAUCUAUAAACACAUGGACAUGUAUAUAAAUGCAGCACAUAUUAUAUAAAGGGCAAUGAGGCCA